CGAGUUCAGAUACCCCGUCACCGCAGGCGUUGCAGUCGCAGAGCCCCAACGCUUCAGGGGUUUUCUGUAUCUUCUUUUUUUAAGAUGAACCAUGAGGAAAACAAGGUAAAUCGUGCCAAUAUCAUUCACUACUCCAUCGAGACAUACUUCAUCUGGUUCAGUGCCUUAAUAUUUGUCACCGAACUCGUAACAGAUCUGUGCCUUGUUACCUACUACAUUCACGAGAAUCAGCUGCAAUGGGCCACGGUGACACUCACCAUAAUUGUCGUGCCACAAAUUCUGUGCCAAAUUUAUUCGCUAGUUCUGCUGCGGUCAGAAGAGCAGCGAAUGUCCGGAAACGCAGUGUUCUGGCAUCUCUGUCUCAUGGGAAUACCGUUCAGGUAUCACAACAUCCUACGGAAGAUUGAAAAGGGCCCCAUCCAGGAGGUGGACGUGAUAAGAUACAAGAUCCGUGAAGUGAAUGCCAUACAGACGGUGAAUUCUGUGCUGCAGUAUUGUCCCCAGUUCAUCUUCCAGUCCUUCCUGAUCAUCCAUCGAAAGUACAAAUGUGUCAUCACUGGCGUGUCAGCUGGUCUCUCGGGCUUCUCCUUUCUCUGGCACAUGUUCAUCCACUUCUUCUACCUGAUCAAGCGCUACAAUGAGGAUUCCGUAGUCGCUGAGCUGGGAAAUUGCAGCACAGCUCCAAGGAUCAUUGAUAAUCUCUCCGCGUCAGUGGAGGGCAGCGAGUCGAAUCAGCAGGGCAGAAGUGUGGCCACGCUGAGGGAGAACUUCAAGGAUUUCGAGAAGCCACUGUACAGCACAGACGACAAGAAUCUCAUGGCAAAGAAGCUGGCGCCGAAGAAUGUUGAGAAGAAUAAGAUCUUCAGCUUCAACAAGCGAAAGCCCAUCUAUGAGAGGGAUGAUUUUGAUCUUUAUGGUCAGAACCAGUCCACAGUCUUUUGCGAGAUUGACGAUAGCAUCGUGACGGAGAAAUUUCCAGUGCAGACUAACAUCAAGGAGGCGAACAACUGGACGAAGCUGGAGAAGGAUUUGUCCAGCAGUUGUGAUACACUCAAGAAAUACCACUCGACGGACAAGCUUACGGAAUCAUCAGACAAGGCGACGAAGUCAAGCACUCCAAUCGCCGAGGGUCAGGGCAAUUUUGUCCUCAAGCGUAAGGGCAUCUGCUCAUCCCAGGAAAUGCUGCACUUGGUGGACAUCAUGAAUGAGAAUCUCUCAGCUGAACAGGUGGACAUUCUGGCCAAGAGCCUGAUAGAGUUGAAUACUGGACAGGAAGAUAGCAUCGUGAAUCCAUCAACAGACAGCGGAGAGUUAGAUAGCAGCAAACUCCUCGAGGUGUUUCCCGAGGUUGUGGACGAGAGCACACAGAGCUCAAUUCUGGAGAACAUCGAUGCGGCAAUCUAUGAGAAUCAGAUCAUAUUCCAGGAGCGAAUCAAGAAGAAUCAGCUGACCAUACAGAAUCUGAAGCUGCAAGACCAGAUCCUGUCCAGCUUCAUCGACACGCACAGCUUCAGCAGCAACGAAUUGCUGAGCACGAGGGACUAUGAGAACAUGUGCGUGGUGAACAUCAACAGGAGCAACAGGGGAAUGAAGCACUGGCGAAACUACUUGCAAGACAUCGACGCGAACAUCCAUGACAACUCCACAGUGCUGAACAGCAGCUUCUUCGUCACUACGACGGCCUCUGCCACGGACGAUCUGUAUAUUCAUGAGAACCACUCGGCUCUGGCGGACGACGGAAGCAAGUCCAGUGCCAAGGAGGCAGCCGCCGGAGCGAGGAAGACCGUGCGCUGGUGCAAUAAAGUGUCCGUGGAGAACUACUCGGCGUCCAGCGGGAGCGACGACAGUCACCACGUGGACAGUCGCCUGGUGGAGACCAUCAACAAGAUCAACGUGGAUUCGCCCAUCAAGCACCUCACGGUCCCGGUGAAUGCCAUGGACAGUAUUACGGAGAGCAUCCACACGUUCGAGGAGUCGCACUGAGGAUUCGCGCUUGCCAGGGGCGAUUGCACAGCGUGUAGUAUAUUACUACACAGCACUCGACAUUCUCCCUCAUUGAUAUUACUAGUGAUAAGAAUUGCCAAUUCCACUUUUUGAGUCUCUUUUUUUGUAUACUCUACUCUAGCCUGUAUAAUGCGACCUUUUGGUAUACUUUUGUAUUCACGCUAUGCCAGAACAUUUAUACGCAUCACAAUGUGAGGAUUUUUUUUGAUAAUAAAUUUGCACGAUUCGAUUUAUAAACCAAAA